AAUUCUUAUAACAAAUUGAUCUUGUUUACUUUUUGCUUGACAACUUGUCAAUAUUGUUUUUACAAGGAAUUUAAUUGAUGGAUAAAUUUAAAUAGUUACUUUGUGAUCCACCCGAGAUUUUGUAGCAGGAAGAACAUUGCUAUGAUAAAAAGCUUUCCUUAUUGUAGAAAUCCGUGUUUUUUGAAUUUGCCACUCCAAUACCGAUCAAAGCGAGUUGCAGUGGUUGCAGCGCUCUCUGGAGCUAGACCGGUGAGCAAAUCGUAAAAAUGUUCAAUAACUACAGAUCCUGUGGAAAUGUUUUUUCAUUAUUGAUAAACCAAAACAAACAGUUCAGAAAAUGUCGAUUGAGAGAUAUUAAGACAGGAGUAUUGUGUAGACAUUUGUCAACAGCCAAACGACCUCCAGAUAGUAGAACAAAACCGUCAAAAGCAGAAAUUCCUUUGACAUGUCCACCUCCUUCAAAGCCGAAACCAAGCCUUAUGGACCAACUGCCAAAACCCACUGCUCCUUGGGACGAGGAAGUCAAAAGGAAGUCGGGAAAGAAAAAUUUAAUCCUUGCUUUGGGCGCUUUAUUACUGAGCGCCAGUGGGUUUCUUGUAUACAAGCAGAAUAUUGACAUUGUUUCAAUUCCUAUACUGAAGAACGAUGACCCGAAAGAGCCGAAGAAGGUUAAGAGAAAAAGCAGACGACCUCUGACAAUACCAAAGACCCCUUCGAGCUCGAAGCUAAUUCCGAGUGAGGUGCAGUACUUAUUGGUUGGGGGCGGUACGGCCUCUUUUGCCGCCUUUCGUGCCAUCAAAUCCAGGGACCCCAAAGCGCAAGUACUUUUUAUCGGCAAUGAACCGUACUUUCCUUACCUGAGGCCUCCGCUCUCAAAGGAGAUGUUCUACAGCUAUGACCCGAGUACUGUCAAGAAAUUGCAUUUCAAGCAGUGGAACGGCACCGAACGAAGUAUUUUCUUCGAGCCGGAAGACUUCUACACGCCGUGCGACGAGUUGACAGGCCAGGAGAACGGGGGCGUGGCGAUUGCCCGAGGCUGGACUGUGACACGCAUCGACGCUGACAAGCGACAGGCAGUGCUGGAUGACGGCAAGGUGAUCGCAUACGACAAGUGCCUCAUCGCCACCGGCGCACGACCCAAGACGCAUCCUGUGUUCGCCGACCUUGACAACGAUCUCAAGGAGAAGGUGUCUCUAUACAGAAACAUAAUCGAUUACGAGGAGCUGUCUGGCAUAAUCGAGGAUGGAGCCAAGUCGAUUGCUGUCAUUGGGGGCAGUUUCCUGGGCAGUGAACUUGCCUGCGCCCUUGCAAGAAGAGGACGCAACCAGAGCUUGGAGGUGGUGCAGGUGUUCAAGGAGGGAGGCAGCAUGGGACGGAUCCUGCCCGACUACCUGAGUCGGUGGACGACCAACAAGGUCACCAACGAAGGAGUCAGGAUCAUCGCAUCCACCAAGGUAGAAGACAUCGACCUUGACAAGGGCAAAGUUGUGCUCAGUCUCAACAACGGCAAGGAGUUGCGUGUUGAUCACGUGGUGCUGGCAGUUGGUGUGGAGCCGAACACAGAUUUAGCGAAAACCUCCGAUUUGGAAACCGAUAAGAAGCUGGGAGGCUUCCUGGUCAACUCAGAACUGCAGGCCAGGUCUAAUCUCUAUGUGGCUGGUGAUUGUGCUUGCUUUUUCGACUCAAAACUGGGAAGACGUCGCGUGGAGCAUCAUGACCACGCCGUUGUUUCUGGAAGAUUAGCUGGAGAAAAUAUGACUGGAGCAGGAAAGGCGUACACACACCAGUCGAUGUUCUGGUCGGACCUGGGACCGGACGUUGGUUUCGAGGCGAUCGGCAUCGUUGACUCUGAUCUGCCGACGGUCGGCGUCUACGCCAAAGUGACCAAGAAAGAACCCAAAUCGCUGUCGACUGCCGUCGGAGAUGGAAUGAGAUCUGAGACCGAAGAGGACGUGAAAGACGUUGUUCCUGAAAAGGCAACCACUGAGAAUCUGUUGAAAAACACGAAGGCAGAUGACGAGGAUUAUGGAAAAGGCGUCAUAUUCUACCUCAGAAACGACAUAGUCGUCGGUAUUUUGUUGUGGAACGUUUUCAAUCGUAUGUCUAUUGCGAGACAAGUUCUGAAAGAGGAAAGGAAGUUCGAAGAUUUGAACGAGGUGGCGAAAUUGUUCAACAUUCACAAAAACUGAAACAGUCGCACACAAAUUUAGGCAAACAACCACUUUUUAGAACGUGCAUCUUCAACUUGUAGCAUGGGUUGCGAUUUUGUAGCAUAAGGGGGGUUUACAUAGUCGACAAAAGUCGCUUGCUAUUAAAUUCAUUAUUGUAUGAUGUCGUGUACAUUUUUUGGAUUGUGUAAACACAGAGGCUAAGAAUAAUAUUUGUUUAAAUUGGUCAACGUCUAUUUUAGGCCAUACCUAAAAUCGCAUGCCACCUUUCUCGACAGUGUAAACCUCCUUUUAAAGCCACGCACCACAACGCGCUACUAUUUAAUAGAAAAACACAAAAAUGUAGGAAAGACUUGAAAUAGUGAGAUGUACGCUGUACAAUUAGCAUAACGGCGUUCUAGUGAUAUUUUUUGUUUAUCCUGAAUGUGACGGUCUGAUUGGCUACGGUUGAUUGUGAUUGAUAUUAUUUUUCCUCUUGACAAUAUCUAUCCAUUGUCAAAUUAUUGUAAAUUGCUAUCUAUUUAACGCAUUUUUCUCUAUCAGCUAAGAAUUUUUAAAAUCAUCCUAUAAUCUGAGGCUUUAGGUAAAGUCUCGCUUACUAUUCAAAGAUUCACUAUUCGAUAAUUACUUGUUUUCAACAUUGUUCUCUCUUUGAGUGUUGUUAGUAUUAUGAAUGAUUAAUAAACUUGUGGAUUAUUA